UCAUCCUCAGAGAUGAAGGUAGAGUUCGCUCCUCUGCAUGUUCCUCUGCGCAGGCGCAUUCAGACAGCAGCAGUUCUGCAGUGGGUCUUCAGCUUCUUGGCUCUAGCUCAGGUCUGUCUGGCUGCGUUCGUGCUCUUGUGUGUCAGUGAUUGGUGGAUUCUGGGAGCGCUGUACGCUGGUUGGCUGUAUCUGGACAGGGACACGCCCUCAUGUGGGGGUCGGAGGUCACAGUGGGUCAGAAGCUGGCGCAUGUGGAUGUAUUUUCGGGAAUAUUUCCCCAUCACACUGGUGAAGACAGCGGAUCUGGACCCUCGGAAUAAUUACCUGUUCGGGUUUCAUCCUCACGGAGUGCUGGUGGCCGGGGGAUUCGGGAACUUCUGCACGGAAGCGUCCGGAUUCUCCCAGAUGUUCCCGGGACUCACGCCGUACCUGCUGAUGCUGCCCUUCUGGUUCAGAGUCCCCUUCUUCAGAGAAUACAUCAUGUGCGGAGGGCUGGUGUCGAGUGAGAAGGCCAGUGCGAGUCACCUGUUGAGUCAUCCCGGUGGAGGUCAAGCCGCCGUGAUCGCAGUGGGAGGAGCUCCGGAGUCUCUCGAUGCGCGACCGGGAGCUGUAACGCUUCAGCUGAUGCAGCGCAAAGGCUUCGUUAAACUGGCCCUCAAACACGGAGCGUGGCUGGUCCCCGUCUUCUCGUUCGGGGAGAACGAGCUGUUUGAUCAGAUGGAGAACCCCACAGGCUCCGCCCUCCGGCGCGUGCAGGACCGCCUCCAGAGGAUGAUGGGCGUGGCCAUGCCUCUGUUCCACGCCAGGGGGGUUUUCCAGUACAGCUUCGGCCUGCUGCCCUACCGGAAGCCCAUACACACCGUGGUCGGACGCCCCAUCCCUGUGACUCAGACUCCGUGUCCCAAUAAAGACGACAUUGACACUCUUCACUCUCUCUACAUGAAGGGUCUGACGCAACUGUUUGAAGAGAAUAAGCAAAACUACGGCAUCCCAGAAGACAAACAUCUCAACUUCAUUUGACCUGUGUUUUACUGAUAUUAAAUUCUCAAUGCUGCUGAUGAUGAGGAUGAGGAUGCAAGAAACU